CGCCGCAUUGCACAGCUGAUUGCAAAUUAGAACACUCAUCACUAGACUUUUUGAACAAACUACAAAUUCAUCUUUACUAUCUUUAUUAAAAAACAUAUUUAUAACUAUAAAAGAAACGUUAGUUAGCUGCACCAAACGACAAUUUGACUUGGCAACUUCAACCUUUCAAAACCCGCGUGGACAAGAUGCAGGACAGAGUUGUUUUAUACGGGAUUUUGGUCUCGUUUCUAAUAACAAAUCAAACCACCGACGCCAUACAGGCACGCAGCGACAAGGAACAGCCGCAAACGGUGGUCUCCGGCACGGCCGUGCAGUCAGUGGUCCCCGUACAGGCCCAACUUGGCUCUAGCUCCUCAUCAGGAUCGUCGUCCUCCAGCUCAAACUCGGCAUUCCACCCAUUGGGGCCGAAUGUGAUGUGCUCCUUUCUACCCCGUGACUUUCUCGAGUGCAAGGAUCCCAUAGAUCAUAGGGACAAUAUCACAGCCAGGAUAGAGAAGGGCUACGGCUGCCUGCGCUUCGGCGGCUCCUCCUACGAAGCUGUGGAGCACACGAAGGUCCAGUGCACCGUCUACUCGGACAUCGAUUGCUACGGCGACCGCACCUUCUUCCGCGAGGGUGUGCCCUGUGUCCGCUACACUGAUCACUAUUUCGUCACUACGCUCAUCUACAGCAUGCUGCUGGGAUUCCUUGGCAUGGAUCGCUUCUGCCUGGGACAGACAGGCACGGCUGUGGGCAAACUGCUGACAAUGGGCGGUGUGGGUGUCUGGUGGAUCAUUGAUGUCAUUUUGCUGAUUACCAAUAAUCUCAAGCCGGAGGAUGGCAGUAAUUGGAAUCCCUACGUGUAGGGAUAUCUUAGAAUUUAAGUAAGUUUAAAGUACCAAUUAAUUCCAUUGUUAAUAGAAACCAAGAAUAGGUAUCGGUAUCGAGAUAUGUACAUAUAUAUAAAAGACACUAAUAAUAUGCAUGAAUAUGUCUAACACAUCAAUCUAAGAAAAUGUAUUUAUUAAUUACGUUUUAAAAACAGUUUGGAUAACAGUAUCUUAAUAUUAAAUUAAUGAAGUAGGGUAUACAAAUGUCCAUACUCCAUAAAAAGGUUGUUCAUAUGUACCAAACAUGUAGUUACCGUGUAGAGACCAUGUACACAAUUUACAUUUUUGUAGAUAUUUUUUGUUUAAACCUUUUUUAAUGCACAAUACAAUAAAAGGCGUCUUUAAAAUGUA